AUGACUGCCAAGAAAGCCCGCAAAGAAGGCUGUGGAACAAAUGAAAGCCGCGCAAAAAAGCACUAUUGGCAAGAAAGCGCUAGAAGCCUACUAGCCAAGAAAGCAGCAAGAAGGACUGAAUUGGCCAGAAAGCCUCAAAAAAGAAGGCCUGACGCCAAGAAAGCCACGAAAAAAGCCUUCUGCCAAGAAAGCCCACAAAAAGCCCUGCUGCCAAGAAAGCCGCAAAGAAGCUGUUGGCAAGGAAAGCCGCAAAGAAUGUUGUUGGCCAGAAAGCGCAAAGAAGGCUUUUGGCCAGAAAGCCGCAAAGAAGCGCUGUUGGCCAGAAAGCCGCAAAUAGAAGCCUGCUGCAAGAAGACAGCAAAGAAGCCUGUUGCCGCAAAAAGCCGUGCUAGCAAGAAAGCCGCAAAAAAGCCUGGCUGCUCAAGAAAGCCCGGAAAGAAGCCUACUGCAGAAAGCCGAAAGAAGCCUUUGCNGUCCAAGUCGCUCUCCAAGGACACCGACUCGGAGGCGCGCCGAACGCAGCGCCGAAGCCGAAGCCGACGACAACAAACCAGGGCCGUGACAGCGAGGCCGGCGGACAGGGUGCUCUCGGCCGUCGCGUCGAUCGUCACAACGCUCAUCCUCAGAUACUACUCCUCUUUCCCCGUCAUGUGA